AUCCUAAGACAAGCCGAGGGGUCUCCGGUCAUUCAACCGCCCUCUUGCUUCGCUGGUGCCCUAAAUUUCAGGCGCGCUCGCAAGAACAGAAACAAAUCCACCCAUUUCUUUCCCUUUUUUUUCCUCUCCAAUCAGGUAUGAAUUUUCUCUCUCGAAUCCAAAUUCUCGCGCUUCUCCGCAUUCGGAAACCUUUCCAUCCCAAGAAAAAUGGCGUUUUCUGAUCUUUUUCUCGCCUCCGAUCCUUCGAACCGCCUCAGAUCCCACGCUUCCUCGCAUCUCUUCUCCGGAUUAGGGUUCGAAACAUCCUCCGAUCAGCGCCGGGAUACCCUCAUAUCCACCUAAUCUCGUCCCGAUUUGAGCGUUUCCCUUUUCGGAUCUAACCCUAAAUCUUCGUUCUGCGUGUUCUCGAUCUUGUUGGGCGGUCGAUUUGGGGCAGUGAUGAAUCCGCGAGGAAGAUAUCCUCCCGGCAUCGGCAAUGGUGGUGGGGGGCACUAUGGAGCUAGCCCUAAUUACUAUGGGAGAAAUCCCCAGCCGCAGCAGCAUUAUAUUCCGAGGAAUCAAGUACAGAGCCAGCAGAAUCAGCAAUUCCAACAGCUACAGCAGCAGCAAUGGUUGAGAAGGAAUCAAAUGGGGAGCAAUUCUGGGAACAGUGAAGCAGCAGCAAAAUCUGUUCAAUCUGAUGCCGUUGAUUCCAGUUCUCAAGAUUGGAAGGCACGGUUGAAGAUACCACCACCUGACACACGUUACAUGACUGAGGAUGUUACUGCAACUAAAGGAAAUGAAUUUGAAAGACUAUUUUCUGAAGCGGGAGCUGCUUAUGGAAUAUAUGAAAAGGGAUUUGAGAGACCUUCUCCUAUUCAGGAAGAAAGCAUUCCAAUUGCAUUAACUGGCAGUGAUCUUGCUAGAGCUAAAAAUGGGACUGGGGAAAACAGCUGCUUUUGCAUUCCUGCACUGGAAAAAAUUGAUCAAGAUAGUAAUGUCAUUCAAGGUUUGCUUUUUGCACUUACGAUACCAUUGAUAAGUUUGCUAUACAUCAUAUCUGCUACCAUCAUAUGUUACCUCUCAUUUUAUAUUGGUUCCCACCCGAGAAUUAGCACUUCAGACAUCACAAGUUUGCAAGGAACUUGGAAAAUAUUGAAGAUUCAAGUAUGGUCACACUGGAGAACCAGCUUGAAAGAUGACAUUAUGCGCUUAUACCAGCCUGUACAUCUACUUGUUGGAACCCCAGGUCGCAUACUUGAUCUUGCGAAGAAAGGUGUUUGCAUUCUGAAGGAUUCUUCAAUGCUCAUUUGGAUGAGAUACAUGUUAGGUUCUUCUUUUUGCAGAUCUUUUUACAAGGGGAUUGACAUUCAAGCUGUUAACGUUGUUAUCAACUUCGAUUUUCCCAAGAACUCAGAGACAUAUCUCCACCGGGUUGGGCGUUCAGGAAGAUUUGGUCACCUUGGUUUAGCAGUUAACCUGAUCACCUAUGAGGAUCGUUUCAACUUGAAUAGGAUUGAGCAAGAACUUGGAACUGAGAUAAAGCAGAUUCCUCCACAGAUAGAUCAGACUAUUUACUGCAGAUGAUCUAUCAUGAUAAUUAAGUUUGGCAUCCUUGGAAUUGGUGAAUGAUUAGCAGACCUUUUUCGCCUGUAUAUAUUGUCUUAUCAUGGCUGGUUAACCCUUAAAGACACUUAUUUUGCAUUUGACGGGGCAUUUGUUGAGACCAUGUAGCGGGUUUCAACGUUUUAGGUGGACACUGUAUGGUGAUUGCUGUUGUACGCCACUUGUUAAUAUUCAAACUUCUGGUCUCAGUGCUCGGUCACUGAUGCUAACAAGUGAUACAGAAGUAGAUUAUUUUGCGGUUCUGGAUACUUGCUUCCAUUGAAUUACUUCUGACUUAGCUAUUUUUUAUCUCAUCCUUUUAAAGGUGCAUUUCUUGCAGACACUUCCAGGUGUUGCAUAGCUUGAUGCCAUUGAAUGCAAAAAUCGAAGCUUAUGGUUUAUGGCCUGUAUAUUUGUGUUUGCUGAAAAGUUGUGCUCUCAAAUUUACUCUUCUAACUUGUCAAACUUGUUAUCAGCAGAAGACUCGAUUCUCUGUCUUUCUUUACUCUAAAGCAUCCUUUUAGUUAAUGUCAAUCACCUUCAAUA